ACUCUUCCAUCAACGUGCUCUCUUUUCUCAAAAAACAUAUAAUUAUCAAUGCGCAAGAAAAACGAAAGAAAAAACAAAGGAAAACAAAGACGCAUACGAUGGCCGAUCUGGAAGAACUGGAUAGCGAACGCCUGAACGAGAUAGAAUCGAUUCUCUACGCCUCGAUCCACUACAGCGAUGGAGCUGCCGAGCAAGGUGUUGCGGAUCAGCUGAUGCUGGAAAAACAGCCAGCCAGCGACCAGGAUGCGGACGCCAGAAGCAUGCCACCGCCUUCGAUGCAUAAGCAAAGGAGUAACCCGCCACCAGGUCAGCAGUCAUCCCAGCGUUUCGUCUCAGAAACGCGGGUGAUCAACAAUCAGGGACGGCAGAAGCCUCGCUACUGGAUGGAGGGAGUGGAGGGGCAGGUGAAAGAGCCAGAGGAGGAGCAGCGUGCGAUACCAAACAAAUCAAACACAGCUCCUGAAAAUCCACCCGCUGAGAAAAGCCCACCUCUUUCGCCGAAAAAUGGGGAAACGUCCAGCCAACCUAAAGCCCCAAACCAUUCUCCAAAGCAGCAGCAGCAAAAUGCACAAUCAAAACAACAUCAAAACCCACAAACCAAUAAAAAGCAGCAAAAUCAGGCUCAAAAGCAGCAGCAGCAGAGCCCACAUCAAAAACAGCAACCGAAGCCGCAACAAAAUCAACAACAGAAGCAGCAACAAAAUAAUCAAAAGCCAAAGCAGAAUCAGAAUCAACAGACAAAACAGGAGCAGAAGUAUAAACCUUCGCCUCAGCAGUCGCCAGGAGUACAAAAGCCCAAAGGUCAGGCAAUCAACACUGCCACCAAAGUAAACCAAGAAGCCUACGAGGAGGAGCGCUUUGACCAGCGGCUCCUGGUGGCCAUCCCACCGAACUGCUCGCCCAAAAAGCAAAAUAAACCGCAGCAGCAGCAGCAGGGCAAGCAACAGAACAAACAACAGCAGAAUAAACAGCAACAGCAGCAAACAGGUCCUGGUCCCUUUGGCAAGGCCAAUCGGAAGCUGGAGCAGAUGCAGCGUUUGGCGGCCAAAAAGCAGAAAUCAAAGCAGGCCCAGGCAAAUAAGAAGCAACGCAAGCAGCUCAACGCAGCACCGGUGGAAUUUGUGGAUUUGGCGGAGAGUGACAUUAGCAAUUCCUCCGAUGAUGUUGUGAUUGUACCCUUACCGCCAGUACCUAUCAUUGAUCUAGAUGCCAGCGACAACGAGCAGCCUAGCACAAGUUCAGCUGCAGCUGCAGCAGCGACAGCCUCUGAGGUGUAUCAUGAGGAGAAUGCCAUGGAUGCGGCGGAUGUAAGGCUGGGCUUGUCGUGCAUUACUGAACCCGAAGUGGGAGCGGUUACCGGUAUUGUGCCACCCUCUAUGCAGUCGCCUUGCAGUUCGGUCAUGUCCAGCGAUGACUUUAUAGUCCAGAAGGACACCUGCCGACUGCAGGCCGAAAGAGAGAAGGCCAAUGACGAUGACCUGCUGGUGCUUACCGAGAAUGCCAUCAGGGAGGCUGAGAUCGAUCAGGAAAAUCAGGCAAACAUUGUGGAGGAGGCGGCAGCCGAUCCGGAGACAAACCUUCAAGCACAAGAUACCUCCUCGGAAUACGAAUUUAUUCCGCCUUCUCGCCUUGAUGAGAUCAAACAGAACUAUCGCGUGGACGACGAGCAGCAAUUCAGGGCCCUGGACGUGUACGAGAGCGAAUCCGAUCUCACCGAGAGUGGCAUCUAUUCGAAGGCCAAACCCAAAGUAACGCCAACGAUUAUACGUAACGUAGACUCGCCCUCCGACAGCUCCGCGUCCGUGGAGGAGGUGGUGGAGCCCAGCGUACAUAAGACGAAGCGUCUGCGCAAGCGUUCCUUUUCGGCCAACAACCACAGCCAGUCGGAGUCUGCAAACAACGAGGACGGCGGAAAUGAUUCAGAUAGCGACGACGGUGUCCAUUCCACCGGUGUACCGGGCAUUGCCCGUGGUAUGGCCGUAGAGCGGUGCAAGCGCAAAAUUCGCAGAAUCAGCACCAGGCGCAGCUCCGAGGAGAAUCCGAAGAAGGCGGCUCGAACUAAAAAGCCAAUGCUAUCGCCUAGCCAGGAGGCCAGCUCCGAGUCCGUUCCGGAGGAAGAACUGCCGAGUGCCCGGGAAAUUGCGGAAAGACUGUUGAAGCAGGAGCAGGAACUGGUCAGGGAGCAGCCAUCUAGUAGUGACGCCCUCGAAACCGUUUCCAUUGGCUCCGAUGCGGGCUCCCAGGGCGAGGCAGAGUUUCAGGAUGCCAUGACUGAUCGCAUAGCGGCUGUGUUUGAGCGCAUCGAAGCUCAAACCCGGAAACCAGCCUCUAAUGACGAGGAACAGGAUGCCAGCGGCUACAUUUCCGACGAAGAAGAAGAUUCUCGGGACAAAAUCGUAGACAGCACUGUGGAGGAGACUAUGAAAACCUCCAACGAGCUGCAGGAGGCUGAUCCCGAUGAGAACGAUGAGGAUGUGACAAUGGAAGAGCCACAGAUCCAAGUGGAGCGCAAUUUGCCAGGCCUUACAGAUGACGACAGUUUGCCAAGUGGCGGGCAACUCAUUGGCUGGAACGAAGAGAUGCGCCGCUUCUACGACGACAGUUGGAAUGGCGAGCACUUCUCCGUCCACAAGUUGCACAGGUCCAUGAGCGCUCAUCGGCAGGAAUGGAAAAUUAACAAUGCGGAUCGAUAUCCGGUGAUGCGACCCCGUUCCCAUGCCAAGUGCAACAAUUGCGCCGAGAUGGGUCAUGUACGGUCCAAGUGUCCUCGUCCGAGGAAGCCGCUCAUCUGUUUCAUGUGCGGCAUUGUUGGACAUGCCGAGCCGCGCUGUCCCAAUGCCAUCUGUUUUGGGUGCGGCUCAAAGCAGGCCAUCUAUGUGCAGCAGUGCAACAAAUGCUCCUUCCACAGUCGCCUGGUCUGUCAGCUAUGCAAGAUGAGGGGCCAUGGCACGGAUCAGUGCCCGGACAAGUGGCGUCGCUAUCACUCCACGACUCGAUCCAACGCGGAACUGGAUAGCCAUGUACAGUACAAGAUGAAACAAUGCAGCUUCUGCGCCGGACGUGGCCAUCUCUUCGAGAAUUGUCGCCAGCGCAUUGGCGACUUUCGUAGCAACAACUACACGAGUCAGAUUGUAUCGCACCAGAAGAUCUACAUGGAUCGCAGUGGACCCCUAGGCGAUCUCAGCGAUCUGGGUAGCUUUUAUGCUUUAGAGACUCCAUUUUACUUCAAGUGGAGCAUCUCAAAAAUGCCCAAGAAUAGCUACUAUUCUCGGUUCCUUAUCAAAGCGGCUUUGGCCAGGCCCCAGUCGGUCAAGCGAAAGUCGAGCACAGCUCUGACAGAGAUGCCAGCGAAGGUAUAUUUUGCCCAUGACUACGUGCCCAACGCUCAGGCGAAGGCGGCUCUAGGUGAGGUCCCUGCUUCCGCAGUGGAAUCAGCUGACAAGGAAAAGGAAAAUCCAGUCCUUGGUGAGGAGGAACCCAAUAUGGAAGCACCUGUAGAGAAUGAAGCUGCACAGGAUGCACCCUUAGAGGCUGAAGCGCCGGCUGACACGGACGAAGCCCCUUCCAUUCAACGUGAGGAAAUCACCAGCAAUUCUCAGACUCAAGAAGCUGAGGAAACGAUAACAGCUAGGCCACCUGUGGCAUCCCAUGAGCUCGACUCGGACUCAAAUUACAGUUUCUCCGAGCACUUUGAGGUCCCCAGCUCCACGACCACCGAGGAUAAAGGAGAUAGUCUACCCUCCGACCAUCCAUUGGCCAAUCUACCGGAUGUCAUACCCCUGAGUACAUCCCUCGACGACGAUUUCGAGGUAUCCUCCAACAGCCGGGGCAUCUCUAUGUGCGUGAAUGCCAGCAGCAGUGGCAAAAGUGGCAACAUGCAACAGAGUGAUGAUAUCGAGGAGCCUCGAGAUAUUCCAUGCGAAGGAAAAAUCAUAAUGGCUCGCGAUCAAUCAGAGUAUCUUUUUAGUCCCGAGGGUCGGACCUUCCUGGCCGCCACCGCCAAACAGUGCCAGGUGAGCGUGCGCAUGGACUUCAAGGACUACGGCUAUGUCCUCGUGAUCUAUGGGUUGAAGGAACACCAGGAGGAUCUGCAAUUAAAAUUGUUACGACGCCACCAGGAAGUGAAGCGUAAGAGCGUCGAGUUUCAGAGCCAGAAGCCGCCGAAGAGAAUCGAUGUGCUGAUUCGCUUCUUGCGUGACGGAAUCAACAGUCUGACUAGCAAUCUUGGCAACGCCAAGAACCACUACAUUCGCAUCAAGGAAUUGGAGGAAAUGAACACUAAGAACGGCUUCAAAAUGGCAGAAAAGAAGCGUCGCCAGUUGAACAUGAUCCUGGUGGGCCAAGCGGGUCUCGUCAACGGCAACACGCAUCUGGAUCAGUUGUUGGUCCUGUUGCGCCGCCUGGUAGACGAUUUCUCGCCAGAUGAGAACGCGACGCCUGAGCUGCGGAACGAGAUCGAGGAGCAUUGGCGCAUGAUCUUCACCUCAUAUCAGCAUCCGAACUAUGACUCGCUGAUUAAUAGCUACGGUCGUUUGGAUCAGAAGAAUCGUCUGCCUUCGCUGCACUUGGAUCCCAUUCUCCUGGGAUUGCAGGCCAAGAAGGCGCCAUCAUCGCCGACUAAGCGUGCUCCUUCGCCGGCUAAACGUGCUCCAUCACCGACUCCGCCACCUCCGCCAGCCUGGCGUAUGGCGCCGCCGCCGCCACCGACUAAGAUGCCAAAGAAGAAGCAACGGCAGGCUAUGUUGCUGCAGCAGCAAACCCAGCAGCAGCAGCAGCUACAAAACAUGAUUAGGCAGCAACAAGAUCAGCAGCAGUUGCAAAAUAUCAUCCAGCAGCAGCAGAACAAUCAACAACAGCAACGCUUGCAGCAGCAACAACGUCUGCAGCGUCAGCAGCACAUGCUGCAACAUAUUGCGCAACAGCAGCAGAAACAUCAGCAACGUCUGCAACAACAGCAUAGACAGCAGCUACAGCAGCAGCAGCAGCAACACCAAUUGAGACGACCACAAUCCACACCUGUUAUGCCCUUCAAUAAUCCCCAGCAACGGUCCCGCGCCGAUCUGCAGCUCCGCCAGACCCUUAAUCCAGAGUGCGUCAACCUGCUGGCCAAAAUGGAACGCAACGAUCAGGGCGGCAGCAUUAACAAAGACGCCAACAAACCGUCCAUGUUCUGGUCGCGCGAGUCGUUCAAGUACCUCGAUGAUCUGUUCAAGAUGGCCUCAAACUCCGACACCGUGGAGCGCCUGAAUCGGGUGCUCCAGCGAUCGCAGCGUGGCCAGUUGUCGCACAACGAUUACCGUGCUGUCAUAAGGCUGCAUACGCUUUUGCUCAACUGAGGAGCGAGCCCACCGGGGUCUGGGAUUUGGGGUUUUCUUGGGGGGAACACUUUCAUUUUGUUUAACAAAUGCCAACAACAGAUUUCACAUCAUUGGGUAUCUGAAAGAUAUUACCCAUAUACCGAAUAAAUACA